GAAAGUAAAGUAUGCAUCUUACCAUAGAUGAUGUAUAUGGAAGAAUUGGACAUUUUGGAAAUAGACAAAAAAUCUAUUUUUUUGUACUCUGUAGUCUCAAUGGAUGGUGUGCAUUCCAUCAACUGUUAACUGUAUUUGUUGAAGUGAACAAUAAUCUGUGAUUUUCCUAACUUGAAGUACAAUGGCAUUUUGUAACCACUCAUGAAAGAACAGUGGUGUUAUUUCCAUAUGUGCAGAAUAAACAAAGUGGCAAGAUAGAAGCAAUCAAGUGAAUAUUAAAUGUAUACACAUUAAGAUUACCAUCAGUUCAUAAUCAUCUGCUCAGAAAAAACAAACAAACAAACUGAAAGGCAAAGUGAUCACCCUGCUGUUAUACAAUGCAGUAUACAGUGGAUGAUGUGUUUGGAUUGAUUGGACAGUUCGGUUGGAGCCAGAGAAUAUACUUUCUCCUCUUAGGUAUUCUUCAGAUCUUCGUGGCUCCUCAAAUGCUCCUUAAUGUAUUCACUGGUUUAGAUCCAACUUUUAAAUGCUAUGAAAAAAAUGCAAGUAGUGCUGCGGAGCCUCUCAUUAAUAAGUGCAUUAACAAUGACCCGCAAGAGUGCAGAAUAUCCUACACAUCUGAGUACAAAUCUUUUGCAUCAGAGUGGAACCUGAUAUGCGGUGAAAAGUACAAAGUAGCGCUGGUUCAGUCAGUAUGGAUGGGAGGAGUCAUGACUGGUGCACUGGUACUCGGCAGUGUAGCUGAUGUCAUUGGGAGACUCAAGACCCUCAUGGUGUCCAUCCUGGGAACCAUUGCUUUUGAAGGUUUCAGUGCCUUUGCUCCAACGUUAAUGAUAAUGAUAGGUCUACGAUUUUUAGGAGGAGUAUGCUGUGCCCUGGUGAUACUUGUGAGUUUCGUACUUUCUCAAGAAUUAAUUGGAACCAGUUGGCGCAGCUUUUGUGGGAUGUGUGUAGCCAUGGUCUUUGCUAUAGGGAUUGGUAUCUAUUCAUGGCUGGCUUCCACUAUGAGUGACUGGAGAACGCUAACUCUCGUCUGUUCAUUAUCAGGAAUAGUUUUCCUUUUGUUACCUUGUUAUGUUCCUGAGAGCCCACGGUGGUUAGUUACACAGGGCAGAAAUGAUGAAGCAAAAGUUAUUCUAGAGGAUAUGGCCAAGAAAAACCAAAAGAGCAAAGAACUACCUAGUCACUGGGAGGUGAAGUCAAGUGGUGGCAAGAACAAAGACAAGAAAUCCAAUGGGGUCAGGGAUUUGGUCAGCCAUCCCUAUGUUCUACUUCUUACCUUGAUUCAGAUAUUUUCCUGGUUUGUAAAUAGUUGCACCUACUAUGGGUUAACCAUGGCUGCCAGCAACCUUGGAGGAGAUGUGUAUGUUUCUACAGCUCUUAGUGGGUUGAUAGAGAUUCCUGCAUGUAUCACAGCUGCUGCAGUUAUUGAUAGAGUUGGUCGACGUAUAACAUUAUGUACAGCUAUGCUGUUGGGAGGGACAGCCUGUAUUUGCAUUCAGUUUAUACCAGUGAAGUAUGUUACUGUCAUAACUGGUCUCGCACUUUGUGGCAAAUUAAGCAUUUCUGCAAGUUUUUCUGUUGCUUAUGUUCAUAGUGCUGAAAUAUUUCCCACCAUUAUUCGUAACUCGGCUGUUGGCAUUGUUUCUGUUGCUGCAAGGGUGGGUGGCAUAGUUGCUCCCUUCAUCCUUAUGCUGGGUGACUACAUUCCAAAUAUGCAAUUUACUGUCUUUGGUAUAAUGACAUUCUUGGCGGGAAUGAUGAACCUGAAGCUGCCUGAAACACUGGGGCAACCAAUGCCUGAAAACAUAGCAGAUGUAAUUGCAUUCCGUAAUAAUGAGAAGGUAGUGAAAUCUGGUAAGAAGUACCAGAAACUGAAGAUGCUUGAUGAAGAGGUGGGGGCUGAGACUGUGAGGCCUCGCACCCCUACCAAGAAGGGGGAAGUUGGAGAAGACCAGGAACCCCUUCUGGAAGAGUAGCAGCUGAUGGACUUAAGACAUUUUAGACAAAAUUUGUCACCUUUACAGAUAUGAGUGAGAUUUUAUUAAGAGGUUAUAAAGCUUUUUCUUUCUUCUUGUUGUUCUUCGUCAUCAUUAUCUAUUUAUUAUUAGUAGUAGUAGUAAAAUUAUUAUUAUAAUAUAUAUUUAGAUGAUGAUCGUCAUCAUUAUCAUCAUCAUUGUCACUGUUGUUAUUAUUGUAACGGUGACAUUGUCAUGGUAAUGGUGAUGAGGAUGAUAAUUAUGAUCAUGAUUAUGGUCAUGAUGAUUAUGGUCAUGAUGAUCAUGAUCAUCAUCAGCAGCAUAAGCAGCAAUAUUGGUAUUAAUUUUAUUAGUAAAAUUAAUGUUGUUAUUAAUAUUAUCAAUAUUGAUUGUAGUAGUAUUGAUGAUGAUAUUGAUAUUAUUAAUAAAAGGGUGACUAAGCACUGGUUAAACUAUUUACUUCUAAAGAAACUAAAUAAACCAAACUCAUUAUUGUCAUUAUCAUUAUAUGUUUAUAUACUGUUGAACUUAACUGUUUUUUUGAUACAAAUAAUUAUAUGAUUCUUUCAAUGAAUGGAUUUAUAUACAGGUAUAUAUAUAUUUUAUGCAAACAAAAGGAGAGAGUUGAUAUUGAGCAAACAUGUGUGUUCAAAGUGGUGAUUAACAUGUUAAGCUGUUUUAACCUAUUUCAAAUGAUAAUAUAUAUAUAUGAAAUACGUGUUAUAAGGUACUUAAUGAGUUAAGAUUAAAAUGUAGUGCAAUGUUUUUUAAUUUAUAUUAUGUUUUUAGGGUUUGAAGAUUUAAUUUUUUUAUAUAUUACAAGUAGGAAAUUACUUGUUCCCUUCAAAACUAGAAUAAUUGCUUUAGCCUUAUAAGUGUUCAUAUAUUUAUUUUAAAAUAUUGAAUAGUAAAGUGUAUAUACAGAUAUGAAUAUUUACAGGCUUGAAACAAUACCAGUCUGGUGCUUUUUAAUGUUUUAUCAUAAUACAGUUCAGUCUACCUGGCUUGAAAUAUAUUUUAUUUGUAAUUAAAUACAUUUAGCUAAUUUUCUGCCUGCCAUUUUUUAAAAUGUUUUAUUAUUUUUGUCAAACAUUCCAUUGAUGCUAUUGAUCAGUCAGGAUGAGAUUGAGGAUAAUUUAUAGCUCAAUGCUUUAUUCCAUUUAAAAUAACAGGUAAAUAAUCUUUUUUAUAAAUUUUUAAAGUCACACCAAAACCACUCUUGCACUUAAAUAUACUAUAUUUAAAUAAUAGAUUAUUCCAAAACACUCCAUCAUGCAUCCUGUUAUAUGCACAUAAAGAACUGGUCAAAUAAAGGAAGUACUGCUAGUACUUUAAUACUUGGAUACUUUCUCCACUCUUAGUUUUUUUACGCAGUACUAAUGUUUACCACAAGCAAUAGGAGAAUGGGUCAGCAGUAGUGCCUCUGGCAGUAAUUACAGAUAGCAUUAUUUUUUGGGGAUUAGUAACUCCAGAGAUGCCACUAGUUGUGGUAAAGCUGCUCUCCUUUCAGUUCUUGGUAUAGAUUGGGAAAUGGAGGAUAUUUUUCAGGUAUUGAAGUACCAGCAGUACUUCCCUCCCCUGGAACUGCCUCUUUACGCUUCCAUUUGUACAAUAACUUGCAAUAAAUUAAUGAAGAAUUCCAGAAAGAGAACUCUGUUAUUUUUCUUGUGAAUUAACUUUGAAAGUUAAAAUGCUCUCUUUGAAAUAACUUCCAUGACUAUAUAACACUUGAAUGUUUCUAAGACCGUCCACAUCUGCUUGGUCUUUGUGGAGACCAAAACUCCUCACUUUUAUGUGUCUUGGGUAAAAUAUGACAGGGUGUUUUCUGUUACAACAGAACUAUAAGAAGGUUUGAGUACAAUUUAAAGUUGUUGAGCCAUUUUAAAAGAAAGCAUUUAAUAAAGAUUAUGAGAUGUUGAUAA